AUGGCAGUAUUAGUAAUUCCGGAGCAACUAGAGUCUAGACGUGGAGAAAUGGGACCCAGCGUUAGCUUGGUCCAGACGCUGGCCCAGACUCGGAGAUGCCGCCAUAAUAUUUCGGAGAAGUCGAUCGAGGACUUGGUGCACGCGCGCGCACCGCUACGAUUGAGUGAGUGCCCUCAGCUCAACAUGUUGAGAGCACGGAUUUCACAGCUAAACAGGGUUCUCGCUCGUAGCUAUGCGACAGCUGCCCCACCCCAUGCUUUGGUCUUUUUGGAGCAUCGCCAGGGUGAUCUUGACUCCGCAUCACUUUCUGCCUUGACGGCAGCAUCUCAAUUGGGCGGUCAAGUCACUGGCCUUGUCGUGGGUAGCCCCGAGGAGGUGCCGUCUGUUGUAGAGAAGGCUAGGAGAUUAAACGGCUUGAAUACACUGCUGCAUUGCGCAUCCCCACAGUACAGCACGUCGUUACCUGAGACGAUAUCUCCACUCUUAGAGAGGCUCUUAUCACAAAACUCGCCCUUCACGCAUGUCGUUUCAGCUCACUCCAGCUCUGCCAAGUCUAUUCUGCCUCGAGUUGCCGCAAAACUAGAUGUUCCGGCCGUAUCUGAUAUCACAUCCCUUGAACAUGACGCAGCAUCGGGAAGCACUACCUUCACCCGUCCCAUCUACGCCGGUAACGCUAUCUCCACUGUUCGUGCAUCCUCCUCCAUCCCCAUCAAGUUCUUCACUGUCCGAUCUACCGCAUUUGCGGCUGCUGGAGCAGGAGAUGCGGCAGAGAGCGAAGUCAAAGCUCUCGAUUCUGUCGAGGUAUCUGAUGUACCCACGGAACAUAUUAGCACAUCUUUGACGAAAUCCGAUCGCCCUGACUUGGGUGUUGCAAGCCGUGUUGUUUCUGGGGGACGCGCAUUGAAGAAUGCCGAGACCUUCCAAUCUACUUUGUAUCCUCUUGCUGAUGCACUUGGUGCUGCGGUUGGAGCAUCGCGUGCUGCUGUGGAUGCAGGGUACGCAGACAACUCCCUACAAGUCGGACAGACAGGAAAGGUGGUGGCUCCUGAACUGUACAUGGCGUUGGGCAUUUCUGGUGCUAUCCAGCAUCUUGCUGGCAUGAAGGAUUCCAAACUCAUCGUGGCAGUAAAUAAGGAUCCCGACGCACCCAUAUUCCAAGUGGCGGACGUAGGAUUAGUAGCAGACCUUUUCGAGGUAGUGCCAGAGUUGGUCGAGAAGCUGAAACAAUGA